UGUUAUUAGUGUUUUUUCGUCUAAUAAAAUUCACAUCAACUGAUAAAAUACUGAAAUAUAUCUGAUUUAACGCGAAAAAUUCAGAAUCUUUAUUGUUCUUGUGAAUGAUCUCUAGUUGCAAGUUUUGUUUCUAUAGUAGUGCCAUUGAACGACGGGGAGCUUCAUCAAGAAAAAGAGUUUCCAGUCAUAGCGGUCGAUCGUAAUUAAUCAUUAACAUAAACGAAUACGUCGAUGUAAAAAUCUCUCAUCGAGGAGUAUUUAACUCCCUACCGAUAAUACUACGCGACUUUUAGUAUUUGAUAGGAGACAAAGGACCCCGCCGGUUGCAAAACGGAACGGAGGGAGGUCUCGCGCAUCGAAACUCAGCUGUUGCUAAGGCGAACACGACAUUAUGACAUCAUCCACCGGUGGCUUUCUUCCAACUACGAAGGAGAAUCGGCGAUCACGUGGGCUGUCGUCAUUCCUUCGCCAGUUAGCAUUUAAAGAAUAUAGCAAAUAGUAACAUGCAGAAGGGCGAUAUUUGGAAAAUGCAUCCGGUCAAUCGCUUCAGAUUUUCUUGGUAAAGAAUCAGAUAAGAUGACCAAAGAACCGGAAGAUAGAACGCUUCCAGUUACACCGUCCAAUUCAAUUCAACAAAGCUUAUCGGCUGCUGCGGAGGCUUUACCACCAGAAGUUCAGACGGAAGAGGACGUAGCCGAAUUAGAUGAUGCCACAUCCGAGGUGGGGGAAUGGGUGGACAUACCCGAACCACCCGACGGAGGAUGGGGAUGGAUGAUCGUUAUUGCUUCCUUUCUCAGUAACAUGGUGGUGGACGGCAUCACUUAUACCUUUGGAAUAUUUUUUAUGGAAUUCGUCAAAUAUUUUAAUUCGCCCAAAGGAAAGACUGCCUGGGUUGGUUCUCUUCUUUCUGGAUUCUACCUCAGUGUGGGACCUUUAGUGAGUGCCUUGACUAAUCGUUUCGGAUGUCGUCCCGUAUGUAUGACCGGCAGUAUAAUUGCGUGUUUUGCGUUCCUGCUCAGUACAUUGGCCCCGAACGUCGAUGUCUUGAUGGUUACUUACGGAAUGAUGGGAGGUGUUGGGCUUGGCCUCAUCUAUCUGCCUGCCAUUGUCAGCGUUGGAUACUACUUCUCUACGAAGAGGGCGUUUGCCACGGGAAUUGCCGUCUGUGGAUCCGGCGUCGGUGCAUUUAUAUUCGCUCCCCUCUGCCAGAAAUUACUAGAGAUAUACGGAUGGAAAGGAGCGCUGAUAAUCCUCGCUGGUUUCACCUUGAAUUGCAUGGUGUUUGGUGCUCUGAUGCGUCCUCUAAAUGCGACGGCCCCCAAACAGAAGCCAUUGCUACAAAGAAUCGCCGAAGAGAAAGAAAGAAGACGUCUUGACUCCCUCUGCGACAGCCAGUUCAUUUUAAUUCAACACGCCGAUGGUACUGUAGAAAAAAAACCUAAAUUGUUGCUGAAUAUGGAACCGGGUGUUCAUUCGACGCUGUAUUUAGACCAAUUUGGCAAAUCGCCGGCGGACACGCCUGUUAUUACCUUAUCUCCAAUUGAAGAAGCUCACAAAUCGCCUGCCAGUUCCAAAGAAGACGAAAUGGAAGAAAAGAAACCAGAACAACAACAACUCACUACCCCUGAUACUUCUUAUCCCCCACCCGUAAUUUCCAACGGUGGCUUAGCCAUUAGAGAAAUUGCCAAACGCAAAGGUCUUGUACCAAUCAACGGUGCCAUGAAACUUAGUCUCAGCAAUAUAACUGUUAAUAACGACUUGAAGAAACAUAAUAUAUCCAUGAAAUAUUCGUCGAGUGGUAUCCUCUGUCCUGGACAUCAGAACAAUAACUAUUUAGCCGAAGAAAUGUGGAAGAGGUUACAAGAAGAGCAAAUGCCAUUGGACGGUAAUCGUCGAUCGUCGUUGAAACGUAAUAAGAAAGAUUAUACUCGACCUCUGUAUAGGAAAGAUAUAUUUUAUAGUGGAAGCAUCGUUCAUCUACCGGAAUAUAUUCACUCUCAGAAAGACAUCAGAUCUUACGUUGCCAGUGUAAUAUCGAUACCUCGAGAAGGUGGCCAAGGAAACGUAGAAAAACCUAGACCUCAUCUAUGCCCUACUUUCCUGAAGCUUCCUAAGAGUAUGACCGAUACCAUCGACGAAAUGUUGGAUUUCUCUCUCUUAAAGAACCGAAUUUUUCUUAUGAUUUGCAUCUCUAAUGUCAUCGGAAUGGUCGGUUUCCCGACUCCCUUUAUUUAUCUCACCGAUAGUGCAACGACAAAAGGAAUAUCUCCCGACAAAGCGGCAUUUCUCUUAUCCGUCAUCGGAAUCACGAACACCAUAGGCAGGCUCAUCUUCGGUUGGCUCUCCGAUAGACCAAACGUUAGCGCCUUGUUUGUGAACAACGUUUGCCUGUUCUUAUCCGGAGUUUGCAUCUUCAUUAUGCCUUUUUGCCAAGAUUACGUCAGCAUUGUUCUUAUUUGCGUCGUCUUCGGCCUCUUUGUUUCUGCUUAUAUCUGUCUGACAUCCAUCAUCCUGGUAAAUCUGCUGGGUUUGGACAAGUUAACAAACGCAUUCGGACUCCUCAGUUUAUUUCGCGGAGGUUCCUGUAUGAUUGGCCCUCCAUUAGCCGGUUCCAUAUCUGAUUGGACUGGAAACUACAACAUUUCUUUUUAUGUUUCUGGUAUUUUACUGAUAAUUUCUUCCUUGAUCACGUUUGCCAUUCCUUGUUUGGCCAAAAAUGAAGCCGAACAACCUACCUGUAAUUUGCCGACCGUUAUCGAAGAACCGGAAGAGGAAGCCGAAGCAGUCGAAAUCGCACAAGUGGAAUCUGUCGUUUGAAAUUACAUCCGAGUCGGAAGAAUUUGCAUCCCGUUUUUUUUCCGACUGUUUUGUUUCUAAUCGUGAUAGUCGUCGACGACCACAAAAAUUGCACAGGUUGACUACAUCUGGCGAUUAAUGACAAUUACCUUGUAACUUUAUAAACAGAGCAGAACAAGGAACAAAUGUAUUCGUCAAAUAGGACUAAUUGUUCUUCCAAAUAUAAUCUUGUGUGAUUUCAAAAAGUUCCAGUCAGAUAAUUUGAAGCCAAAUAAGUUGCUGUCUUUAAGAGUUAGUAAGAAAAGGAUCAUUUCUGGCAAUAACGUAGCACAAAACUACACCAGAAAAUUCGGACUGGUGCAAUUAAAUCUCAGUUAAAAUACUCUUAUUUCAGACUUUAGAACUUAAUUUUCAGGAGACGAAGAAUGUUUUAACAAAUUAAUUUUUAUGACACGAACUUUUUCUUUUGCAAAAGACAAAGAUGGAGUUUUCAAUGUGAGAAAUAUUAGGAAAAUGGAACGAUCAGUUGCAGACUGUAUCGAAGAAAGGACCAAAGAAGAGGCAUUCAAAAGUAAUCUGUGAUAUCAGAAUUGCACGUAAAUUACUUUCAUAUGACGCAGUACGAGUUCCUGCGCGUAAAAGCGAAUAUGCAAUCCAUUGGUCUAAUCGAGUGCCUUGUUUGAACGCAUAUUUGCGAGAAUGGAUUAGACAGAUAGAAAAAGAGAAUAUAUAAAAAUAUAUAUAUAUUAUAUUCAGUAUAUAGAUAUUCACAGUAUACAUACAUUUUAACAUACAUUCCAUAUACGAAUAUCCUAACAUAUGAAAGUAUUCUCGGAGUAACUCCGUGGCUAUUGUGCAAUACAAUAUAUUCACGAUAUGUGCGUAAUGUGUUAAUAAGGGCAAAUAAUGUUUCACUGUGAAUUACGUUUAUAUAGUUUUAUUGAAGUUCAUCCACACCAAUGGAUUUUGUUUUUCCUCUUUUCUUUUCGGCCAUCGUGCGUAUGAAUGCUUAUGUAUGGUUUUUCUCAUCCGCGAUCGAAUGUUGUGUAUAAAAAGACAUGCUGCACAAAAUCAAAAUCAUAAAUCUACUACUGUAUUUACUCCAAAAUGUUCUUAUCUACUUAAUUCUAAACUUGUAGUAUUAAAUAAGUUAAAAUUUUUAUCGUAAUGAGUUAUUAAUUUUGUCGAUUUGUUUUACACCCGUGGUUCUCAACCAUUUUUAAUUAGAUACAGGUUAGCAAUUUAAAUUUCUGGUGGUGCUCUGGCUAAUUUAUGUCGUACUGAUGCGUUUAUAGGGCCGACAAGAGGUGAGGAAACGGAGAUGUAGCCCUGGUGCGCGAUCCGGAAUCUGUAUAAUAAAAUUUCAGUUUAGAAAAAUGUUCGUAAUUUCGAGUG